GUGUGUUUCAUAUUCCUAGGCUGAAGAUGAAGAAGGCUACCGUAAACUGAUUGACCAAAAGAAAGAUAGACGCCUGGCCUACUUAUUGCAGCAGACAGAUGAGUAUGUUGCUAACUUGACUAAUCUGGUAUGGGAACAUAAACAGGCACAAGCAGCCAAAGAAAAGAAGAAGAGGAGGAGAAGAAAGAAGAAGGCUGAAGAAAAUGCAGAAGGCAUGGCAUCUGGUCUUGGUCCUGAUGGAGAGCCCAUAGAUGAGAGCAGCCAGAUGAGUGACCUUCCAGUCAAAGUGACUCACACUGAAACAGGCAAAGUUCUUCUUGGUCCAGAGGCACCAAAAGCAAGUCAGCUAGAUGCUUGGCUGGAAAUGAAUCCUGGCUAUGAAGUUGCUCCCAGGUCAGACAGUGAAGAUGAAAGUGGUUCUGAAUAUGAGGAGGAGGAUGAUGAAGAGGAAUCAAGCAGGUUAGAAGCAGAUGAGAAGAUACUCCUGGAUCCUAACAGUGAAGAAGUUUCUGAGAAAGAUGCUAAGCAAAUCAUUGAGACAGCCAAACAAGAUGUGGAUGAUGAAUACAGUAUGCAAUAUAGUGCUAGAGGGUCUCAGUCCUACUACACAGUUGCACAUGCAAUCACAGAAAGGGUGGAAAAGCAGUCUUCUCUUCUAAUUAAUGGCACACUAAAACAUUAUCAGGUGAGAAAUAAUUGAAACGUUGUAAUAUUUAAAAUUUGUGUUUCAAUGUGGUAUUUCGAGUGACAAACACAAAGUUUUUUUUUUAAGUAUUACAAGAGUUCAAUUAGGUUAGAAAUAAGGAAUCACAUGAAGAAAGAAAUCACAGUUAUCUAUCACAGAUAAUUAUUAAUGCUUAGUGCUUGAAUUAUAAUACAACUUCACUCAUGUACUUGUAACAUUUUUUUCAUUACAGUUCAAUAUUGUUUUGGUUUUACUAUCCUUCUUACUGACCAACUGUUUCAGUUUUGCUUAAAAUUUUCAUUUGUGGUGUUUAAUAAUAAUCUUUUCUUCCAAUAUUUAAAAGUUGAGAAUUUAAUAUUUUAAUUAAAAUCCUGACAUUUCAGUAUACUGAUGCACUACAGUUCGGAGAGAAUGAAAGCAUGUAUUAUGGAGGAUAACAUCUCAUAUUCUUUACAGACAUUUAAUGAAUUUAUUAACUUAAGAAUUUCUGUGUUCUGGCCUAAGCAGAAUACACUGAAAAUGUCAUUAACAGCUGUUUUUGGCACUUUGAACGUUGUGUUGUUUUCCGGGGAGCUCUGUGGACCUGCAUCCUUUAUGCCAUCUGACCACUCCAUUAUCUGCAUAUCCAAAUUAAA